GCGCCGAUUGCGGCCUCUGCGGAGCCCGGCCCGCGCUGCUUCCCCGGCCCCGGCCUCCGCCCCAGCCGCCCCAUGUCGGCCGCCCCCGCCUACGGCGAGGACAAGGGCGGCUCCGCCGGCCCCGGGGAGCCCGAGUACGGCCACGACCCGGCGAGCGGCGGCAUCUUCUCCUCCGACUACAAGCGGCAUGAUGACCUGAAGGAGAUGCUGGAUACCAACAAGGAUUCCCUCAAGCUGGAGGCCAUGAAGAGGAUUGUGGCUAUGAUCGCCCGGGGAAAGAAUGCCUCAGACCUGUUUCCCGCUGUGGUGAAAAACGUGGCCUGCAAAAACAUAGAGGUGAAGAAGCUCGUCUAUGUGUACCUGGUACGUUAUGCCGAAGAGCAACAAGACCUGGCCCUGCUGUCUAUCUCCACCUUCCAACGUGGCCUAAAGGACCCCAACCAGCUGAUCCGGGCUAGUGCCCUCCGUGUCCUGUCUAGCAUCCGGGUGCCCAUUAUAGUGCCCAUCAUGAUGCUGGCCAUCAAGGAAGCUGCCUCGGACAUGUCACCCUAUGUACGGAAAACAGCAGCUCAUGCCAUCCCUAAACUCUACAGUCUGGAUUCUGACCAGAAGGACCAGCUGAUCGAGGUCAUUGAGAAGCUUCUGGCCGACAAGACCACGUUGGUGGCGGGCAGCGUGGUGAUGGCCUUCGAGGAGGUGUGCCCGGAGCGCAUCGACCUGAUUCACAAGAACUACCGGAAACUCUGUAACCUGCUCAUCGACGUGGAGGAGUGGGGCCAGGUGGUCAUCAUCAGCAUGCUCACCCGCUAUGCGCGCACGCAGUUCCUGAGCCCCACCCAGAACGAAUCUCUGCUGGAGGAGAACCCCGAGAAAGCCUUCUACGGCUCGGAAGAGGAUGAGGCCAAGGGCCCGGGCUCAGAGGAGGCGACCACCGCGGCGCUGCCCGCCCGCAAGCCCUACGUCAUGGAUCCCGACCACCGGCUGCUGCUGCGCAACACAAAGCCUCUGCUGCAGAGCCGCAGCGCGGCCGUGGUGAUGGCGGUGGCGCAGCUCUACUUCCACCUGGCGCCCAAGGCGGAGGUGGGCGUCAUCGCCAAGGCCCUGGUGCGCCUCCUGCGCAGCCACAGUGAGGUGCAGUAUGUGGUACUCCAGAACGUGGCCACCAUGUCCAUCAAGCGCCGGGGUAUGUUUGAACCCUACCUGAAGAGCUUCUACAUCAGAUCCACCGACCCCACCCAGAUCAAGAUCCUGAAGCUGGAAGUGCUGACCAACCUGGCCAAUGAGACCAACAUCCCUACUGUCCUACGGGAAUUCCAGACCUAUAUCCGCAGCAUGGACAAGGACUUUGUGGCAGCCACGAUCCAGGCCAUUGGACGCUGUGCAACCAACAUAGGCCGAGUCCGGGACACCUGCCUCAAUGGCCUGGUGCAGCUGCUAUCCAACCGUGAUGAGCUUGUGGUGGCAGAGUCCGUGGUGGUCAUUAAGAAGCUGCUCCAGAUGCAGCCUGCACAGCACGGAGAGAUCAUCAAACAUCUGGCAAAGCUCACAGAUAACAUCCAGGUGCCCAUGGCCCGAGCCAGCAUCCUGUGGCUUAUCGGCGAGUACUGUGAGCACGUCCCCAAGAUUGCACCUGAUGUCCUGAGAAAAAUGGCCAAGUCCUUCACGGCAGAGGAGGACAUUGUCAAGCUACAGGUCAUCAAUCUGGCAGCCAAGCUCUACCUGACUAACUCGAAGCAGACCAAGCUGCUGACCCAGUACGUGCUGAGUCUGGCCAAGUAUGACCAGAACUAUGACAUUCGUGACCGAGCGCGCUUUACCCGACAGCUGAUCGUCCCUUCAGAGCAAGGGGGGGCCCUCAGCCGUCAUGCCAAGAAGCUCUUCCUGGCACCCAAACCAGCCCCAGUCUUGGAGUCAUCCUUCAAAGACCGGGAUCACUUCCAGUUGGGUUCACUGUCCCACCUGCUCAAUGCCAAGGCCACAGGCUACCAGGAGCUCCCAGACUGGCCAGAGGAAGCUCCAGACCCAUCUGUGCGAAAUGUGGAGGUACCUGAAUGGACCAAGUGCUCAAAUCGAGAGAAGAGGAAGGAGAAGGAGAAGCCCUUCUACUCAGACUCUGAGGGGGAGUCAGGCCCCACAGAGUCUGCAGACAGUGACCCUGAGUCCGAGAGUGCCUCAGACAGUAAGAGCAGCAGUGAGAGUGGCUCUGGGGAGUCCAGCAGUGAGUCUGAUAGUGAAGACCAGGAGGAGGAGAAAGGGAAGAGCAGUGAGAGUGAACAGAGUGAAGAGGAAAGUGGGAAGAGGAAGAUGAAGAAGAGGAAGAAGGUAGCCGAGGGACAAGGAGAAGGUUCAUCCUCAGAUGAGGGCAGUGAUUCCAGCAAUAGCUCAUCAGAGUCUGAGAGGACAUCAGACACCGAGGAGGAGCAGGUGGAACCUGAUUCUUGGAGGAAAAAAACACCUCCCAGCAGCAAAAGUGCCCGCGUGGCCAAGGAGAUCUCCCUGCUUGACCUAGAGGACUUCACUCCUUCCAGUGUCCAGCCUGUGUCUCCCCCCACGAUUGUGUCCACCAGUCUGGCUACUGACCUGGAGGGCCUGACGCUCACAGAUUCCCCGCUGGUGCCCUCGCUGCUGAGUCCGGUGUCUGGUGUUGGGAGGCAGGAGCUGCUGCAUCGUGUAGCUGGCGAGGGGCUGGCUGUGGACUACACCUUCAGCCGCCAGCCUUUCUCUGGGGACCCCCACAUGGUGUCUGUGCACAUCCACUUCUCCAACAGCUCUGAGACCCCCAUCAAGGGCCUGCACGUGGGCACCCCCAAACUGCCCCCUGGCAUCAGCAUCCAGGAAUUUCCUGAAAUCGAGUCCCUGGCGCCGGGAGAAUCUGCCACUGCUGUAAUGGGCAUUAAUUUCUGUGACUCAACCCAGGUGGCCAACUUCCAGCUGUGUACCCAAACCCGGCAGUUCUAUGUCUCCAUUCAGCCACCCGUUGGGGAGCUGAUGGCUCCCGUGUUCAUGAGUGAGAAUGAGUUCAAGAAGGAACAAGGAAAGCUGACAGGCAUGAGCGAGAUCACAGAGAAGCUCACGCUGCCAGACACUUGUCGGAGUGACCACAUUGUGGUGCAGAAAGUGACAACCGUUGCCAACCUGGGUCGUGUACCCUGUGGGACAUCUGAUGAGUACAGAUUUGCAGGCAGGACACUGACCAGUGGGAGCCUGGUCCUACUGACCCUGGAUGCCCGGCCCACUGGAGCCGCCCAGCUGACUGUCAACAGCGAGAAGAUGGUGAUUGGCACCAUGCUGGUGAAGGACGUGGUACAGGCUCUGACCCAGUGAUUCCCAAGGGCUAGGACCUCUUUGACCUCCACUUGUCGCUCCCUCAUUGUAUCUGGGCUGUUAGCCCCCCUCUUCUCUCUCUCAUAGCAGAUAGUAUCCAGGGGGGCCUGUUGCCCUCUGCUCAUUACCAGGCUCCCUCCACAGGGCCCCUCCCUAUAAGUUCCACGGUGACCUAUGCAGGGGGAGCCAGCAGCUGCUCCCCUCAUCUUCCUGGCUUUCUGCAGCUAUUUAUGUAGCAAUAUCCCAAUAAAAUGUCUUCUCCCUA